AUGAUUGGAGGUUUCUUCGUGUACAAUCAUAAGGGCGAGGUGUUGAUAUCUCGAGUUUACCGGGACGAUAUUGGGUGAGAUGGAACUUUCAGAUUUUAGAAAUUACUUUCUUAAAACAUUGUUCCUCACUAUCAUAUAAAAGAAGAUUUCUGUUUAAAUUAAAAUAGUGUGUUCAACUCAAGCACUGAUGCCAAAACCUACAUAAACGUUCUGUAUUUACUGGUGAUAAUUAACUGGAGAAAGUUUCUAACAAUCUGUAUUUAAUCCCGGCGUAUCCAAUCGAUGGAAAUCGAUGAUCGGAAUACCAAUCGAUUAUUCGAUAAAAUUAGUUAAGUGGUAUCGAUUGAUAUCGAUCAAUCGAUGAUCAAUCGAUAACCACACAUAAACAGUUCAUUGAUUGCUAUCGAUUGGCACAACAACCUCGAACAGACGUCACGCACGCUAACUGUCCAAUCAUGCGCCAUUUUUAGAAAGCCCUGGGGACGAAAUUGGUUAAACAAUUCUCAAUGCAAAGAGUAUAUCCCUUUGCACAUGUACUCGAAUUACCCGGUCGCCUGUCAUUGCUUUUCCGUGUCAUUAUGUCUACACAAGAAUUCAGUCUGGGAGGAGGCUUUACUGAAUAUAAAGUGCAUCGUCAAAGGCUAUAAUCUUUGCCGGUUUGAAGUGAAUGUCAGUGACGUGUGUAUCAGGCUAGGUAUUGCUGCUUUAUUCAUGAUUUUGUAACAACUCAUGGUUUGCUAAAGUACAACUUCUGUUACCAGAAUUUUUGUGUGAAGACACGAUGCAACCAGUUUCCGUUUUUUUAAGUUUGCAGUAUUGGCCUAUGUCUGCAGGUAUUAAAUAGUCUUCAACAUUGAAUAAUGUUUUCAAACUUCCAACGUUUCUGUUUCCCAGUUUGGUUAACUUUUUCAUGGGAUACGUGUGGACGGGAGGCAAAAACAGGAACAAACUUUUGAGUUGUCAAAGGAAAAUGGAUACCUGUGGACUGGGCGAAGAGAAAGGAGAGAGUAUUGUUCUCCUGUUAACAUUCAAAGCAUUUAAAUGAAAUGUGUUUACAAUUACUGCAUACAAAGAUGUGAUAUUUAUGUGCUGUUUCCGUCAAUCUACAACCAAUGGAUACCAAUCGAUACAAUUAUUAAUACAUACAUUUAUUUAUAUAUCAAUUGUUAUUGAAAAUCGAUACCAAUUGAUAACCACAUGAAUCUUCGCCAUCGAUUGGUCAUCAACUAUCAAUAUCAAUUGAGUAAUUGAUAUCGAUUGUCAUUGAUUAUCGGUUUCAUUGAUUGGGUACGCUAUUAUUUCAUACACUGCACUCUAUUAUUGGAGACUGUCCUGGAUCAUUUUUAAAUUCAUCUUCACUUGAGAAUCAUCUGUAUAUCUUGUUUUGUCUAUAUUUCUAUACAACAUCUCCUUCGUCAAAAGAGUAAACAUUUUCUUCCCUAGCUGGAAGCAAACUCUGAGUAAUUUGUAUUUGGCUUAAGUAAAUGUUUUUGAUAGCUGAUCACUACCACCAUCCUUGAUUCCAUUCCAGUUCCGUGGGACCCAGGGUUUGAUCCCCUCCUGUUGGCAAGUAAUUCAUUGCUCCAUAGAAGGGUAAUAGUUGUUUUGGUAAAAAAUGUGAGGUAUCACUGACAUAGGAGCAUUGGUUCCCUUGGGCUGAGGUGAGAGUAGGAAGAAUACAAGACAAACACAGCAGAAACAAACAAACCUAUUGAGGAGCACUAAAAACUCUACAUGAAGGAACUGACGUACCUGUCAUUAAAGGCUAAGGCUGUGUCUUUUCAUCUGUAUGCUUGAUUGUAUACUUACUAUGAUUUGUAUGGGAAAGUUAGGAGAACUUAUCAAGUGCAAUAAAGUCUUUUGAUAACAUUUCUGACACCCAUUUUCCUUGCAUUGUCUAUUUUUAGUCGAAAUGCAGUGGAUGCCUUCCGUGUGAAUGUCAUCCACGCUAGAGGUCAAGUUCGCUCUCCUGUCACAAACAUUGCCCGAACAAGCUUUUUUCAUAUAAGGCAAGGAAAUGUGUGGCUUGCUGCUGUGACAAGGCAAAAUGUAAAUGCUGCCAUGGUGUUUGAGUUCUUGAAUCGCACAGUAGAGAUUAUGAUAUCUUAUUUUGGAAAAGUCACUGAAGAAGGAGUUAAGAACAACUUUGUCCUGAUUUAUGAACUCUUAGAUGGUAGGUGUGAUAAACUUUACUGAAAUUAAGUUAUCUCUAGGGACAGUUAAUAAGAGGCUUAGAAGCUUGUUCAUCCUUUAACUUGAACUCUGAAGGGAAAUGAAAAGCGGUUGAGUUAGUGGGGAUUCUAGUUAUUAUUGGGAUCAACUGAAUGUCAAAUUUGCCAUCGUAAUAGUUACUGAUUUUUCUGUGUAUAGUAUACUGUAAAUUUAACUUUUUUCAUGAGAAAUGGUAAAAUGAUUAUGCUCUAUACAAUAAAACGUGAUCUGUUCUUUGCACCAAUCAAAAUCAAAUUGCCAUAGUGUUAGUUUUAGGGGUUUUACCAACUACACAACAAGAAGAACCAAUGAAAUGGCAUUCGCGUGGAGUUACAAGAACCAGAAUUAAAGUUAUCAGGGUAUAUUUCAGUAAAAUUUUUAACUAGGGAAAGGAAAUCUUGUUAGAGUUAGCAAGAAACAAUUCAAGUUAUCCGAGUUAUCAGGGUUCUACUAUAUGUUUAUUUUUGUGAUUUCUUUACCAAUGAAAUGAUCAUCUACUAUGGGCAAAAAGCAGGUACUAAACUUUUUUUUAAAAUGGGAAAUCAGCAUUGUAGUAAGACUUCCAGAUCUGACAGGGCAAGUGAUGCAUACACCGAAAUACGUUAAUGGCUAGUGGGAUCUGUGGGUUGCCCAAAGGAAAGUGUAAUACCUGCAAUGUUGGUCAAGCAAAUACUUUGCCUUGCAUAAUGCUAGCAUAUUGCUAGCUUUAAUUCUUCCAUUAUUUGACUACUGUGACAUUGCCUGGAGUAACCUUCUACAGCAAGAUAUAGAUCGACUAUGUCCACAGCACCUACAGAAUAGAUCUGCACGGAUUAUCACACGUUGCUCUUGCUCAUCUGAAGCAAUAGAGCAGCUGCACUGGCCGACUCUUUCCAGCAGACGCUCUUACCACAAGGCUAAACUCAUUUUUCUCUGUCUUCACUCAUUAGUUCCUAGUUACUUUUCAUUAAAUUUUUACUAGGUUUGCGAACAUUCACAAUCAUUCCACAAGGCAAAGUAUGAGGCUAUCCCUACCAAACGUUUAACAAAAUUUUGGGAAAAGGACCUUUCUUUUUGCUGGCGCAAAAAUUUUUACAAUCUCCCUUUAAACAUUGUGAAGAGUGAAAACAUUCAAACGUUCUGCCACCAAGCAAGACAUUUCUUUUUAUCAUAGCUUUGAUAUUUCAUUACUAUUAAUUUUUAUGCUUUAAAUGUGAUUUUGUAUUGUAUUUUUAGGCUUUUUAAUGUAGUUCUUAAAUUCUAGUAUUGUAUUUUUAUUAGGCUUUUUAAAUGUAAUAGUUCAUGAAAAUUCUUGAUGUAAUUUAAUUUUUUUAAGAUACAGGGCCCCUAUGGAGACCAGCCUUAGAGCUGAAUGGGCUACCCUGUGGAAAUAAAGUUUUACUGUACUUUACUUUACUACCCUGCAAUAACAGCAGUCAGUUGUGCUUUCAACUCUAAUUUACUACAUGGCUAAAUUUUGAAUUUGGUUUAACUUAGAAAUUGCUGAUUAUGGAUAUCCCCAGAAGACAGACACUGCUAUUUUGAAGACAUUUAUUACACAGCAGGGUAUCAAGACUCAGGCAAGUCUAUUUUCUUUCCAAACAUAUGAAUGAAAGAAAAAAGAGAUAAUGUUAUUUAAAGACCAUUACCUGCUUAUAAGGGCCUCCAUUUGAUUGGUGCACUUCAAGAUUCUUCUUCAACAGACCUCACUUAAUUGUUCCCAUUAAACAACUAUUAAUUAACACGUUAUCAUUUAAUUGCUUAACUGUAUUCUUUUUCCAGGUAAUGUUUGUUUGUUUGUGUGUUUGUUCGUUCAUUUGUUCAUGUUUUUAUAACUGGGCAGGCCACUCAUAGAAAGCAGAGGUCUAAGUUGACAGUGAAUUAAUGAUGACAACAACAGGAAGGACCAAACACUGGGAUGAAUGUCCUUACUACGGUUGCUGAAACCACUGUCAUGAUUUUUGAAACAGUAGUUAUAGCACCCAAAUUAAAAAUUAUUGUUAAUAUACAUCCCUAAUUUACUCAGGCAACUUAAAAAAGGUUCUAUUUUUGUAAAACUAUCCAAGAAGUAAAUUAUCUAUGAUAAAAAAAAAACUUCCAUGAAAGAUACACACAAGUCAUUUCAUUAUCACUGCGUUAAAUUUUAAAUCUCUUGGUUUGGAUUUCAUUAAGAAUGUUUCUUAUCAGUCAUUUAAGUAAUUAGAUCAAACAGUCAAUUCUGAUACCAAGGCAGUAUUAUUGAGCUGCACCUUGUUUCUUCAACCUGUUUUCCAUCGUAUGUGAUACAUUACAUAAAAAUCACACAAUAAAUGUCAUGUUAAGGUGGCUCAACCCAGUAUUUUUGUAGGUACACCUUCCAUCUUUGAAUCUCUUAGACUUAAGCGAAUUGAUCUUUAUUGUAAAAACAUUAUAACACGUGUAUUACACAUAGACUUGACUUUAUUAUGAUAUUAUUUUUUGGGCGAUCAGAAUAAAUAUCAUGUGACAAUGACCUCACAAUAUUUGUGUUUGACGAAGGCGAAUGCAGUCUAUUCUGUAAGGUGCGGUUACCAAUUUCGUAGCGUGGCUACCGAACAUAUAGAGGCGCUUUCUGCCAGAUUCUUCACAUUCCUUUGGUUGGUCACAUAUUUGUGCCGUUUUUGUCACCAUUUUGAAUUUCACUCUAUGACGUAAUGCGCGCGCAAAAAUACAGGAUUGAGCCACCUUAAAUAAUAUAUACUGGUUUAUUUAGACACGGGAAGAGCAAGCACAGAUCACAAGCCAGGUCACAGGACAGAUUGGAUGGCGUAGAGAGGGUAUCAAAUACAGGAGAAAUGAACUUUUUCUUGAUGUUCUGGAGUCUGUUAAUCUGCUUAUGUCUCCACAAGGUUUGUACUACCCUACCCUCCCCUCCUGAAAACACAAACUGUAGAAAAACUAAGAUGCAAUUAAUUCUCAAAAAAAUCUUAAUGAUCAGAUUAGCAUUGCUUAAUGCAGUCUAACCCUUAAUAAUGAUCAACUCCUAUAGCUAGUCAGUAAGUCAUGACCUUAGCCACAUGCAACCACUGCAUCUGUAACCUCCAUUUGGUGGACAACUAUCUCAAGCAGACACUUCUUCUGGUCCAACGCACUUAAGGGAGGUUCAACUGUUUCUUACAAUAUUAUUAUGGAAUAGUACCAUACCCUUGAUAUUUUACGUAGGGAGACUCAAGAUUACAUUGUAUUUGGCUCAACAUCCGAUUCCUUUAAGAUUUUAAAUGGAGCAAUUAUUGCUCCAUUUAAAAUCUUAAGUAUUAUUUUUCCUACAGCAAGACUGAUAACACAGUGACUUAUGGAGCUAUUUUUACUUUUCUUUUAGUGUUACUAGGCAUUGCUCACUUGCCCAUGACCCGACGCAUGCCCAUUAAAUAUUAAUGUCUUUGUGAAACCAAAGUUUAACACUGAGACUCUUAGCAAGAGAAAGUAACAAAAUUUAUCAAUCAGUAUGAUUACAUGCGUAUCCAAAACAUGCGAAAAUUGCUAUUCACUGAUUUGGUAAAUACUAAAACCAAAUCUCAUUUGCUCAAAUGUAAAGGAAACAACAAAAAUGUUACAAUGCAAGUCUGGUUAAUUAAUUAUUUUGUAAUGGUUUGCUAGGCUAUUUGAAUAGCAAAAUUGCUCAUUAUUUAUUCUUCUUCAGAAAAUAAAAAUUAAUGUUUCUUAUGCUGCUUGUUAUUUUAGGCCAGGUUCUUAGUGCUCACGUGUCGGGCCGAGUAGUCAUGAAGAGCUUUUUGUCAGGGAUGCCUGAAUGUAAAUUUGGGAUGAAUGACAAACUGGUGGUUGAAAAACAGAAAAGUGGAACAUCUGAGUCAUCCAUUGACUCACAAAAGAAGUGAGUGACACUUGACCUGCGAUUUUUGUCAUCAAAACAUUUUCAAUAACCUCAUCUGAGUUAAAUCCUAAAGUUCCGUUGCGUUUACAACCUUAAAAUGUAGUACAUACAACUGAAGUGAACAAAAUGCUACUUAAUAAACAAUGGCAUGAACGAUGUCCUUUCCUUAACAAAUGAUUGCACUAAUAAUAAUUUUGAUUUAGCUGUAUAGCAGCAGUUUUUUAAUGAAAUGUAAACGUUUCUACCAUAAAAAUAACUAACAGUCAUGCAAUAUGCUUUGAUUUUUAAUUGUAUGAUUCUCAACCAUUAUGUUGUAACAUUUGUUUAAUAAAUUUCAUUGUGUUGUCUUCAUGAUUCAUUGUUGUCAAAUGUUUCAGAAACACUACUAGCAAAUCAGGAAUUGCCAUUGAUGACUGCACAUUCCAUCAGGUAACAUUGUUAUUAUCUUCACUCAAGGUUGAUGGACUGCACCCUCAUUUUCUCAGUCCACCCACCUGUAUUUAUGGUUAUCACAUAAUGCCAUUGGUGGUCAUGUGAUUGCCCGACCUUCCAUCCAUGGUGGACUGGCAAUGCUGAUCCAUGCCUUCUGGUAGUUGAAUAAUAUCCUCCAAGGUUGUGCUCUAAGAAAAACAAAAGGGAACCAAGCGCUUGUAACCUGUGAAAUCCAGGGUGCCCAGUUUACAAGUUUUAUGACAAAACUAAGAUUUCCUAGUUUUCCAAGGACAAAAGUAAGGUGACAGGAGCCUCUGGGCACUGCUAGAGCACAGCCCUGUCCUCCCAUGUGGGGUGCCUGUUUCACAUAAGCAUCUUUUUGUACAUAUAUUGCAGAGGUUAAACAACACCUGGAUGUGUCUGUCACUUAAACUGUUUUUCUUCUAACAAGUUUUUAACUUUCCUGUUAAGAUUAAAUUUUUUUAUUUGUAUGCUCUUAAGAUAUCCUUUAUAUCCUUUUUUUUACAAUUUUUGUUUUUUUUCCUUUUUGCAGUGUGUGAAGCUUAGCAAAUUUGAAACAGAACGUGCCAUAAGUUUUAUACCACCCGAUGGAGAAUUUGAGUUAAUGAAGUAAGGACGGUUUUACUGUUAACUAAAAAUACACAGAAUUCAUCUACAACAGUCAAGGCACUAUGACAGAGUAUACACAAAUUAAACAGAUCAUAUCAUCAAUUCUUACCCCCAGCCCAGGCAAUAAUAUUACUUGAGGAUGUGUUGCAUGAACAUACUUUGUUUGUCAUCAGGUAUCGCACUACCAAGGAUAUAAGUCUGCCAUUCCGAGUUAUACCAUUGGUAAGGGAAGUAGGCAGGACACGGAUGGAAGUUAAAGUGGUGAUCAAGUCUAAUUUUAAGCAGUCAAUUUUGGGACAGAAAAUAGAGGUAUUACUUUUAUACAUAGAGUCUAUUGUGCAUGUUUUCUGUAGCUUUCACCUAGACCAACAUUAGGAGUGUAAGAAUACAUUCUACCUCUCAGUAUAUUUUAGCUGUAAGUGUUCCAAUAGCAAUGUAUCAAAAUUAUUACAAGUUAAACUUUGAAUACAGCAUAGACAUCAUUAAAUUUUGGCUUUUUUAUCCAGUGACAGCGCAUGAAUACUCAGGGUUCGAAAUUUUUUUUUAUGUCCAGUUGCCCCUUGGGCAACCACAAGACUUGAUUUGGUUGUCCAAGUCAACCUCUUAGCCCAAGUAAAUCCAAGAAAAUAAAACACUGAGGUAGCUCAAGUUUACUGACAGUUUUGUUUCACAAUAAAAUGCACCUCACUUAUGUUUCAUGUGUUUUUUUUUUUUAUCCCUCAAGGCGAAAACAGUUGUUGCCUGUUUGGCCUCCACAUGCAGAUUUAUCUUUUGAAAGCCAUCUGUGAUAACUACAAAACAUAGCAUUUUCUUUUGCAACAAAUUGUAGCCACGAUCACGUAAUCCUCACUUGGAAGUAAUAACAUAUGAAAAGAACUGGACGUGCCACAGUCCUCAUGCACCCAGUUCUUUCUUGCACCCAUAACUACAUGUACAAAGUCCCCCAUGACUUUUAAAACCUCUGAUAACAAACUCUUUUUUAAGCUUUCUAAUUCUUUCACCUAUACUGUGCUGUAGCUUCCUCUAUAGAUUCCAAAUUAAAGUAGUAAAGGAGGCUCGUACAUUUUGUAUUUUACAACUGCACAGAGAAUCAUGGUGCGACAACAGGCAGGAAGACAGACAAUAUUUAUUUUUCUUUAGGGACAAAUGCCUCAGCAGAUUGGGUUGUCCAAGGGGCAACAACCCAGCACAUUAAUAAUUUCAAACCACUAAAAACUCUUCUUUUUUUUUUUGUUCAUUUAUUUCUUCUUGCUAUUAGCUAUGAACCAUUGGUUUUUUCAGUGUCUGUUUUAAAUCGUGUUAUUUGUUAAAACUUGGGUAAUUUCCGAAGAAAAAGAGGCAGCCAGUUCAUAUGAAAUACUCAUGUAGCUGGCAAAUUUUGCCGGUCACCAGCUCUUAUUGAAAACCCUGCAAAUGGAUACGAGUGAUGGUGACAUUUUGUCAUUCAGUUUGCUUGGCUGAGUGCUAAAGUCCCCAGCACUUGAGAUCAAUAUGCAAGUUCAAUUUCUGCCUUCUGAGUAUUUUUUCUCUACUUUUACUUUUCUUAGAUAUUAAUUUAUUAAACAUAAAAAAAAUAUGUUGCAAUAGUCAUGUGUCUGGAAGGUGAGGAGAUGCGGAAAGGCUGUAGUGAACAGGUCACUUCACUCAAUUUUUUUAUUACAGACUAAAGCUCAAGAUAGAGCAUUCAUAAGUUAAAAAGUAAUAUGAGCUAUUUUGUUCACUCCAUAGCCUGUGAAUACAGCUGUUUCUCUUUGCUCCUCGCCGCUAGGGACAUUUAAACAUCCUGAGGAGACAGGAGAGAUGGUUGUAUUCACAGGCUGUUCAUUCCAUGUUCCGUGAAUAAUAAUUGAAGCCAGCCUGACUAAUUCAUACUCUGUGCGCAUUCUUGUAUUCAAGUUGUGUUCAGUGUAAUUUAUGAGCGUGAGAGGAAAAGAUAAGAAAGAAAUCAAGACAAGAACAAUGUUGGUUUCUUGUUAACAACUUUUUUAAAUUGGUCCUAUUCUUAGGUGAAGAUUCCUACCCCUCCAACUACAGCUGGUGUUCAAGUGGUGUGUAUGAAGGGAAAAGCUAAAUACAAAGCCAGUGAAAAUGCUAUUCUUUGGAAGUAAGUGUAUCUUAAUACCAUACUUAACGCUCCAUCAAAAUUAUGAAAUAGCCCCUUUGAAGAUGAUUUUCCUUUUUUCACGGAAUUUGAAGAGACUGAGCAUGAAUUACCCGAAAAGGCAAAUAGAUGGUCUGUGAACAGGCUGGAAAUGAAACCGUGUUAUUAAUAUUUUGUAGGUGUACUUGACAUGUGGAAUUAUUUUGGGGGAUAACAAAUAAUAAACUCUGCAGCCACCCUUUAUGGGCUCGACCGUAUAGAAAAGCUGUACAGUAUUGUUGUUGUGCUGUGACAGAAAAAAAUGGUAAUCUGCAUGAUGUGGACACCUCGGUUUUCAGGCAUCUACUUUUCCAUCUUAAUCAGUUGUAUAAAUGCAGUUUAAGUCCUUGCAGUGAGCAAUAAGUUUCUUUACGCACAGUUGUGAUGUAGUGUUGUAUCCAGACAGUUCUUCUUUUAUUUAGCAAGCAAAUCAUUAUACCUGUUUCAGAAUAAAGAGAAUGGGUGGAAUGAAGGAGUCACAGAUCAGUGCUGAGAUCGAUCUUAUGACCACUAAGGAUAACAAGAAAUGGGCACGGCCUCCGAUUUCCCUUAAUUUUGAGGUAUCACUAUCAUCACUCACACUAUGUUUUAAUGGUAGAGUUUUUUUAGGGUUUUGAAUGAUACAGCUCUUCAUUUAAAUCAACACAGGGUAAGGUAGCCCAGAUGUACCAUUAUGUGUUUUCAGGCCAUGAAUCUACACAAUAGUGUGAAUCAAACACGGCAAACUUGGGCUGCCUUCGAUAAUAAAGCAUGUUUAAUUUAACAAUUCAUGAAUGAGGCUCAGUAUCUUAUGAAGAAUUAUGGAGAUCGAGGAGGGUGUUAUCGGCCGAGGCGGAUAACACCCUUCCGAGAUCUCCAUAAUUCUUCACAUGAUACGAAAGCCGAAUUCAAUAAUUGUUUUAUUAUUCACUCAAAAUAAUUCCUAGUUUAAAAACAUAGCUAAAACAACCUUACGGUUACCUGCAUCGAUGUUAAGUUUUUCUUCGAUAGUUUACGUUUAGGUUUGUCCAGCUCCGCAAAUAUUCUCCAAAUAGCAGAUGUCCCCCUCCGAGUUGUCUUCUUGCUGUUUUUGCCAUGUUUUUAGCUAUUAUUUCGCCUAGUUCCAGCUGUAGUUCUUACUCUUGAAACGAGUGAAGUGUCCGCCAUUUUAGUUUUUAAAACGAAAACAACUCAAUCUCGUCCCCAGUUCUCUCGGUUAACGGUGCAUUAACCUGUAGAAGGCUGCAUUUUUGACGUCAUUUCCUCGUUAAACACAAAAUUCUUCCAAAUUUGGUCAUCAGUAACUGGUUAUGGUGAAGUAUGCGUGUGCUUUUAACCAAUCAGAAUUGGAGAAAUAUUUUGAAUGAAUAAUAAUAAUAAUUAAAAGCAAUGAUGCAAACUGGUAUAAUAUAUACGUCAUGUUUUACUGCGCCAAGAACCCUAGCCAGGCCUUUUUCAUGAUGACUCAUACCCGCCCAAAAUUAUUUGAUCCUAUCAUAAGUACUUUAUCUUUCCCUAAGAGUAAAGGAAAAUCGGAGUGAAAUUAUGUCGUAACCAUGAGUAACUGAUUCAUCGUAUGAUCACACGUGCCUUUGUCUUGAUUCUUUGUUUCUUGUGGUCAUUUUCUAUCAGCAGCAAUCAGUCGUUUUGCUUGUUUGUUUGUUUCAGGUUCCAUUUGCUUGUUCUGGUCUAAAGGUGCGAUACCUGAAGGUGUUUGAACCCAAACUGAACUACAGCGAUCAUGAUACCAUCAAAUGGGUGCGAUACAUAUCUAGAUCGGGAUUGUAUGAGACCAGAUGUUAAAACUAUAAUUUGUAUAGCCUUGUGAGCUGUACCGGCCUCUUUCCUCCUUUCUUCAUAGACAUUUCAAGCUAAAGCAUGCAAGUUACCGUAAAUGCUGUCAAAUCAAUUAGCUUCAUUUACUAAGGUCACAAGGAAAAUUAUCAAUAAAGCUUUCGCAGGGGGUGCAUACCUGCCUUAUAGUUUUUUACUGUUUUUAGAAAGAAAAAGUACACUUCCCUCUGAUGAAUGUUUAUGACCGUUAACACUACAUGUACCGGUACUUUGUAUUCUUUAUUUCCUGUAUUUUAGUCAGUUUACUUCUUCAAAACUAAAAGAAACAACUAGCUUUCUAUGCAAGUAAAGUGGUAAUAAACAAGUUUCUUCACUAUGUAAGGCAAUUUUCUAUAACUGUUCACAUUUAAAAAAGCUUUUAAUAAGUGCACCUUUAAAUUAACUUGCCAGGUUUUGUCGCUGUCAGUUGUGAUUGAGUACCGUAUUUCUUUUGUUAUGUUAUCGUAAAAAUUAGAAAAUGAGGCACUUAAAUUUUGCAGUAAUGAAUUGGUGUAAAUGUAGAUACUAGUUAGACAUAUCAGUCAGCCCUCACAACAGCGAAUAGAGACGUUCCUAUAAAUAAAGAAAUGUUUCCUUGUAC